UUGUCCUUUCCUAAUACACAUUUUCCUCUCUUUAUCUCUCCUUGCCGCACACACUUUCUUCUUCUUCUUCUUCCCAAAAAAUUAUUUUGGAAAUUAAAAUAAAAUAAAUCUAAUUAACGUUAAAUAAAUUAAAUCUACUGUGCGAACGUAUUACAGCUAAAAAAUAAAUAAAAAUUGACCCCUUUUUUGGGUUUGAAAGUAGGAAAGAAAGAGAUAGAGUUGGGGCAAUAUAUAUAGAGGAGGAAGAACAUUGCCCUCGAUUCUUACAGUUGCCUCCUCGCAGAUCUUGCUCAAAUCGGGGUCUCUGAUUGGACUGAUCAUCUAAGGAUCCAAUACUUUUCGAUAGAAUCUGAUAAUUAUAGUCCUUUGCUCUUGAAUAAUUUGAUAUUUUUAGUUCUUCAUACUCGAGAUUUCGGAAUUACAGUAUUUUCGAAAUUGUAAAAUGAUGCAGUCUGACCUUGGCAAGUUAUUUGUUGGUGGGAUUUCGUGGGACACAACUGAAGAACGACUCAAGGAAUACUUUGGUGCAUAUGGAGAUGUGCUGGAAGCUAUAAUUAUGAAGGAUCGUGCCACGGGUCGUGCUCGUGGAUUCGGUUUUGUUGUUUUUGCUGAUCCUGUUGUUGCUGAGAGAGUCAUUAAGGAUAAGCACAGAAUUGAUGGCAGGAUGGUCGAGGCAAAGAAGGCUAUUCCUAGAGAUGAUCAGAGCACAGGGAGUAGAAACAGUAGUCGCAUUCAGGAUUCUCCUGGAUCAGGACAAACAAAAAAGAUAUUUGUGGGAGGUUUAGCAUCCACAGUUACAGAGGGUGACUUUAAGAAGUAUUUUGAGCAGUUUGGUACAAUCACAGAUGUUGUGGUGAUGUAUGAUCACAACACUCAAAGGCCUAGAGGGUUUGGAUUCAUCACUUAUGAUUUGGAGGAUGCCGUAGACAAAGUCCUGCUCAAGACAUUUCACGAGCUGAAUGGUAAAAUGGUUGAGGUCAAGCGUGCAGUCCCCAAGGAGUUAUCACCAAGUCCUAGCCGAAGCCCUCUUGGUGGAUAUAACUAUGGAAUAGGUAGGAUCAAUAGCUUUCUUAAUGGCUAUCCUCAGGGCUACUCUCCAAAUACAAUGGGAGGAUAUGGAGUUAGGAUGGACAGCAGGUUCAGUCCAAUUGCUGGUGGGAGAAGCAAUUUUACUCCAUUUGCUUCUGACUAUGCUCUGGGCCUCAAUUAUGAACCUGCGUUAGGCCCAGCUUAUGGAGGAGGUGUGAAUAUUAAUAGUUCUCUCAACUAUGGGCGGUCACUAAACCCUUAUUAUGUUAAUUCAAGUUCAAAUAGAUUUGGCAAUUCUGUUCAGAUUGAUGGUGGGAAUGGAGGAAAUUCCUCUUUUUUCAGUUCAGGUACCCAUAAUUUAUGGGGUAAUGGAGGGGUUAAUUAUGGAACAAACUCUGCUGGUUCUAGUAAUUAUGUCGAAUCUGGGAGUGGGAACACUGGGGGAGGAACUUUUGGCAACAGUGGAGUUUGGGGUACUCAUUCAUUUUCACCACAAGGUAGACAGAACGUUCCAAGCCAAACUGGAAAUUUUGGUUAUGGAGGUGGUGAUAAUACUCAUGGUUUGGCAGGGGGAGGCUAUGGAAGAAACAUUUCAACGAGUCGGGCCCCAACCUUAUCAUAUGCUGCAUCAACUGACAGCUAUGAUGGGGCUCUUGCUGAUCUGUAUGAUAGCAGUUUGGGUUAUUUAGACCCUACAUGGCAUUCCACAAAUACUGAGCAAGAGGGAUCUGGUUCAUUUGGUUAUGGUUUUGGAAAUGGGCCUUCUGGCAUUGCAUCUAAAAUUUCUCCUGGUUAUGUUGGCAGUGAUGGUGGUAUCAAGAGACAGAUUGAUAGAGAAGAUGGUGGCAGGGGAGAUGCAGAUGAGAGCGAUGAUGAGUGAAGACAUGAACAACAAUAUGCUUUCAUUUAAAGAAAAAUCAUAUUUACAGUGAAGUUUUAUAGUUGGUAGAAGAUUGAAGGAAAAGCAAAAUGCAAUUGCUGAAGAAGGUGUAAUAUGUGAAAAGGCCAGAUUGGUGCUGCCGUCACCUAGUUAUAUUUUCCAACAAAGCAGGAUUUGCUUCACUGUAUAAUGUGAGGACUGGGAUAGAUAACUAGCACUGAGUUUAUGAAUAAAAAUUGAGGGGUUAUCAUUGCUGUGAACUAGUCAUAAUUGAAGUGUUAAGUAUUAGAAUAAAUUGUUUUCAUGCCACUAGUUGGCCACUUUGUGAUAAUGAGCAGUUGAUAAUAUACAAAAUGGGCUAUUCUUGAAGAAGUUAAUGUAUAUCUAUGUGCUGAAUUUAGAAGGUUAGGGGUAGUCAGUAAUAACUAAUAUCGAUUGUUAAGGACACAGCAUCAGGUGAAAAGACUGGACUGAGCACUUCUUCUUAAAAUUGCAUACCAACCAUAUAAACACAUACCAUUUCUCUGUAGUGUCUACAGGUAGUCAUGUAUCAAGGCACUAAUUCAAGGCAUAAACCCCAACAUAAACCCA